AUGUCGAUUGUUGAACUUGGAGAGUCUAUACCACCCCUCACUGCUCAUGCCACAAGUGUAUCUCUUCCAACAUGGAGAGACAACGUUGGCUACGAGGAGGGUGAUUCAAGAGUGGUGAGCAAAAUGACGACUGGCUACCCACGCUUCUUCAUUCAUAAACAAAUCGCAGCAUUUGCAGAAGAGAUUGUCGAAAAGCAUGGUAAUACCGGCUAUUUGGCUAUGCUCUUUCCGUCUAGAUCCACUGCCCGGAGUUGUCAAAAGUUCAUACCUUCGAGAGACCCUUCGGUUUCCGUGGACCAGAUCCGGGUGGUUGACUUGGUGUUAGACAGGAGCAAAGUUACCUCAGAGACCUUGCUCAAACUGUCUCCGUCAAUAUCUGCAGUGAUAUACCCGAAAGCUCUCUUUCCCCUUGCAAAGCAAUACUGGCAACACUCAGGAGAUGGAGUCUCUAGUAGGCGAGCUGCUUUUUGCCACAGUCUUUUCAAGGAAGGAGUCUUGGUAGAAGAAAGAAGCCUUCAGUCGACUAAGAAUAGCACGAAUGGGUUGCCCACUACUAGUAAAGGGCCGAAGCGAUACCAGAGAGGAUCAACCGAUAACACAAUACCAAGGGCUAAUACAAGCGGUCCCUCCCCCAUCAAAUCGCAUCGCCCUGCCCAAAACGACUCUGCAGAGGCUCGUGAAAGCUCGCAGUUUCUGGAAGAACGCUUUGGCCGAAAUCUUGAUGUUUCACUUGUUGACAGUGCCAAGUCAGCCAUCCGUCGCCGCAUAGCUGGUUCCUUGAUGGGAGAGGUUGAACUCGGUGUUUCUCCCCACCCACCGACAACGUCGAAUGCACGUGGCGUUGUAGACCUCGCAGAGGAAGACGUCUAUCUAUACCCCUGUGGAAUGAAUUCUAUCUUCCAUGCACACCAAAUGAUGCUCGAAGCUAGAGGUCAAUUGAAGAGCAUCUCGUACGGUUUCCCUUAUGUUGACACUCUCAAAAUUUUGGAAAAGUGGGGUCCUGGUUGCACCUUUUACGGAAAUGGAUCAUCAAAAGAGCUGGAUGACCUCGAGGCCCGUCUGAAGGCGGGUGAGCGUUUUCUCGCACUAUUCUGCGAAUUCCCUGGCAAUCCACUAUUGACGUGCCCUGAUCUCAAAAGGAUACGAGCCUUGGCUGAUACUUACGAUUUCGGUGUUGUUGUUGACGAAACCAUUGGCAACUUCAUCAACAUCAAUGUGCUUCCGUAUGCCGAUUUAGUAGUCAGCAGCCUUACCAAAAUCUUCUCAGGAGAAUGCAAUGUUAUGGGGGGUAGUACAAUACUCAAUCCCCGUGGACGGUACUAUUCAUUGCUGAAAAAGGCUGCGACAGCUCAGUUCGAGGACAACUACUGGGCUGAAGAUGUCAUGUUCAUGGAACGUAAUAGCCGCCAUUUCGUAUCGCGAAUCGAGAGAAUCAAUGACAACGCAGAGCUCAUCUGCAACAUUUUGAUGAAGCACCCUCUUGUUAAGACUUUAUAUUACCCUAAACACAACUCUUCUCGAGAGCACUACGACGCAUGUCGAACACUUACUGGUGGAUAUGGUGGUCUGCUUUCCUUCAUAUUUCAUACCAAAGCUCAGGCCAUAGCUUUCUUUGACCGGAUAGAAACAGCAAAGGGCCCAAGUCUAGGCACAAAUUUCACAUUGACCUCACCCUACGUUCUUCUCGCUCACUUUACGGAAUUGGAAUGGGCGGCAAAGUUUGGUGUUCAAGCGGAACUGAUUCGUAUUAGUGUUGGUCUCGAGGAUGAGGAGGAUCUUAAGUCUCGAUUUGCGGCUGCGUUGAAAGCUGCUGAAGAGGCUGACUCUUGA